AUGAAUUAACAAUUUGAUACAGAAGACUCUAUUAAUUCCGAUGAAGCUAUUAAAUCAAUCGAAUGUAAAUAUCUCACUCCCAACUUCCAUCCCAAUCUCGAUGAUAAAGGUACUUCAGUUCAUAAAAGGAUGAAUGCAAUAAAUUAAUUGAGGUGUAAAUUUAAAGAGUCUUUGGUCUCUAAAGAUGAAGUAUUCACACAAUCAUCUCCUUUUAAAUCAACAAAUGUUAUUUCAAGUCAAAAUGGAUUACCAUAAAGUGAAUUUCCAUCUUCAACUCUUAAAGCAGAAGUUUUAACUAAGUAGGAUAAAGUACAUCUGGCUGAUUCACGUAAAAGACAUAAUACUAAAAAUUCUAUUGAAUAAUUUUAAGAGAAGCAAAUAAAAUAAAAUCAUAGAAAAAGUCAACCGCAUUUAUAACCUAAUUUGAUAUAAACUCGUAAACCUAAAAGAUAAAUUUUUGUUACAUAAAUUGUAAAUGAUCAUUGUGAGAUUACAAGUUUUCCAUUUCCUAAACCUUAAAGAUUGUCAAGGAUUAUAUAAAAUAAUGAUGGAUAUCAUUCAUAAAGAGGAAGUUCUACAUCUACUCCAAGAGGUAUCCUCAAAUCUGGAUCAUUUGAAGUUUUAAGGAUAGGUAGUAGACCAAGUACUCAAAGUCUUAAUAGUCCUAUGAUGAGACCUAGUAGUAAAAAGGUUUCCUUUGAAUUUACAAGUGAGUAACUAAGGAAAAUGAAGAAUAACAAUGGGAAUUCAGAUCAUAAUAAAUAUUAAAGAUUAAAAACCAAAUUUAAGAAAUGA